AUGGAGAGCACGCCGGCGGCCACCGCCAGCUCCAGCGUCGUCAGCCAUGGAGUUCGUAGGGAGGGCGGGAGCCUCCUCCUCCUGCCGUUCCCGGGGGCACAGGGCCACACGAACCUGAUGCUGGAGCUGGGCCGCCGCCUUGCGCGCCACGGCCUCCGCCCCACGCUCGUCACCACCCGCCACGUGCUCUCCGUCACCCCGCUCCCCGGCGCGCCCUUCCGCGUGGCUCCCAUCUCCGACGGCUUCGACGCCGGCGGCUUCGCCUCAUGCCUUGACACCGACGAGUACUUCUCCCGGCUGGAGGCCGUGGGGUCCGAGACGCUGAGGGAUCUCCUGCUUUCGGAGGAAACGACCGCGGUGCGCGUGCUAGUGUACGACUCGCACCUGCCGUGGGCAGGGCGGGUGGCGCGCGCGGCCGGCGUGCCUGCCGCGGCGUUCUUCUCGCAGCCGUGCGCUGUGAACGUCAUCUACGGUGAGCUGUGGGCGGGUCGGCUGGCGCCGCCGGUGACGGACGGGCGUGAGCUGCUGGCGCGCGGAGCGCUGGGCGUGGAGCUGGGGCCGGAGGACGUGCCGCCAUUCGCAGGGGCGCCCGAGUCGCAGCCAGGGUUUUUUAAGAUGUCGAUUGGGCAGUUCGACGGGCUGGUGGAGGCGGACGACGUGCUCGUCAACUCAUUCAGCGACAUCGAGCCAACG